GAGGGAAAAAUUGAGAGAUUCUUCUGGGAGCGAGAGUGAUAGAAGUCUCGCGGAUUCAUCACUCUUCACGGGUGAGAGCUGUUGGUUCAGCUUGCAGGAGAGUUUGCUACACGUAGGAUUUGCAUGUUUGCCUUGCCUGUCGCUCAAAAGUGCAACCACUAGAGCAGGAGGAGCGAGAAGAUGGCUCAGGAUGGGAAGGCGAAGGCGGGAAAGAAAGGGGGAAAGGCCGACCUGGAUGACCUCAAACAGGAGGUUUCUAUGGACGAACAUAUCAUUCCAAUUGACGAUUUGUAUAAGAGGCUUGGAUCAAAUCCAGAAAGGGGUCUGACAUCGACCAAAGCAAAAGAGGUGCUUGCUCGGGAUGGACCGAAUGCCCUGACUCCUCCCAAGAAGACUCCGGAAUGGGUGAAAUUCUGCAAGAAUCUGUUCGGAGGAUUCGCCCUUCUCCUCUGGAUCGGUGCCGUCCUUUGCUUCAUUGCCUACUCCAUUCAGGCAUCCACAUUCGAGGAAGCCCCAGAUGACAAUCUGUAUUUAGGUAUUGUGCUGUCCGUUGUGGUCAUUGUAACCGGUGUAUUUUCCUACUAUCAAGAAGCUAAAAGUUCAAAAAUUAUGGAGUCUUUCAAAAAUAUGGUUCCUCAGUAUGCAAUCGUUCUAAGGGAUGGUCAAAAGUUGACAAUGACUGCAGAAGAGGUGGUGGUGGGUGACGUCGUUGAAGUGAAAGGAGGCGACAGGAUUCCAGCUGACAUGAGGAUCAUCAAUUCCUCUGGAUGCAAAGUGGACAAUUCCUCGCUGACUGGAGAGUCUGAACCACAGACCAGAACACCCGAAGCAUCAAAUGAUAAUCCACUGGAAACUCGAAAUCUGGCUUUUUUCUCCACCAAUUGCGUUGAAGGCACUGCCAAGGGCAUCGUUGUAAAUACCGGUGAUCGAACUGUGAUGGGCCGUAUUGCAAAUCUGGCAUCUGGCUUGGAAGUGGGAGACACCCCGAUUGCCCGGGAAAUCGAACACUUCAUCCAUCUGAUCACAGGCGUCGCUGUCUUUCUCGGUGUGUCUUUCUUCAUUAUCGCUGCCAUUCUAGGCUAUUACUGGCUCGAUGCCGUCAUCUUCCUCAUUGGUAUCAUCGUAGCCAACGUACCAGAAGGUCUACUGGCUACCGUAACUGUGUGCCUGACUUUGACUGCCAAGCGGAUGGCUUCUAAGAAUUGUCUCGUGAAAAAUUUGGAGGCCGUGGAAACCCUGGGUUCCACCUCGACCAUCUGCUCGGAUAAGACUGGAACUCUCACCCAGAACAGGAUGACCGUUGCCCACAUGUGGUUCGAUAAUCAGAUCAUCGAAGCUGAUACCACAGAAGAUCAAUCAGGUGUUCAAUAUGACAAAUCAUCUCCCGGAUGGACCGCUUUGUCCAGAGCUGCUUUAAUCUGCAGUAGGGCAGAGUUCAAACCUGGACAGGACAGCAUUCACAUUCUCAAGAGGGACUGCACCGGUGAUGCUUCAGAAUCCGCCAUCUUGAAGUGCAUGGAAUUGGCUGUUGGAGACGUUGCCGGUUACAGAAGAAAGAAUCCGAAAGUAGCCGAAAUCCCUUUCAAUUCAACCAACAAAUAUCACGUGACCAUCCACGAGAUCCAGGAUGGAGGUUACCUGCUGUGCAUGAAGGGUGCCCCAGAGAGAAUCCUCGAGAGGUGCUCAACCAUCUUCAUCAACGGAAAGGACAAGAUUCUGGACGACGAAAUGAAAGACGCCUUUAACAAUGCGUACCUCGAGCUGGGAGGACUCGGAGAAAGAGUCAUCGGUUUCUGCGACCUGCCAUUACCGUCCGACAAGUAUCCCCAUGGUUAUCCGUUCGACGCGGAGGAACAGAAUUUCCCACUCAACGACCUCCGCUUUAUCGGACUUAUAGCCAUGAUUGAUCCUCCCAGGGCUGCUGUGCCGGACGCCGUCGCAAAGUGCCGAAGUGCCGGAAUCAAGGUAAUUAUGGUGACCGGUGAUCAUCCCAUCACUGCGGCUGCCAUUGCAAAAUCUGUGGGCAUCAUCUCUGAAGGAAAUGAGACCGUUGAAGAUAUUGCCAUGAGACUAGACGUUCCCAUUGAAGAAGUCGAUCCUAGGGAUGCGAAAGCAGCCGUCGUCCAUGGAGGGCAGCUAAGAGAGAUGUCUGCCGAUGAGUUGGACGAACUGCUGAGAGAACAUACAGAGAUUGUGUUUGCCCGAACAUCUCCCCAACAGAAACUGAUCAUAGUAGAAGGGUGUCAGAGACAGGGGGCCAUUGUUGCUGUCACGGGUGACGGAGUGAACGACUCCCCUGCCCUCAAAAAGGCUGACAUUGGUGUGGCCAUGGGCAUCUCUGGCAGUGACGUCAGCAAGCAAGCAGCAGACAUGAUUCUUCUCGAUGACAACUUUGCAUCCAUUGUCACUGGUGUGGAAGAAGGUCGCCUGAUUUUCGACAACUUGAAAAAAUCCAUCGCUUACACCCUGACUAGUAAUAUUCCUGAGAUUACUCCCUUCUUGGUUUUCAUCCUGGCUGACAUACCCUUACCUCUCGGAACAGUCACCAUCCUCUGCAUUGAUUUGGGCACUGACAUGGUCCCUGCCAUCUCCCUAGCUUACGAGAAGGCAGAAAGUGACAUUAUGAAGAGGCAACCGAGAAAUCCCCAAAAGGACAAACUCGUCAAUGAAAGGUUGAUCUCUAUGGCGUAUGGGCAGAUUGGUUUUAUGCAGGCUGCGGCCGGAUUCUUCGUAUAUUUUGUGAUAAUGGCAGAGAAUGGAUUCUGGCCUUCAAGGUUGCUGGGAUUGAGAAGUGAAUGGGACUCUAAAUCGGUCAACGAUUUGGCAGACUCCUACGGACAAGAAUGGACUUACUUCCACCGGAAGAUCCUGGAGUACACGUGCCAUACAGCGUUCUUUGUUUCGAUCGUCAUUGUGCAAUGGGCUGAUCUCAUCAUCUGUAAGACCAGGAGGAACUCAGUCGUACACCAGGGAAUGACAAACCACAUAUUGAAUUUUGGUCUCGUGUUUGAAACUGCUAUGGCUGCUUUUCUUUCUUACACCCCUGGAAUGGACAAAGGUCUCAGGAUGUUCCCACUCAAGUUUAAUUGGUGGCUCCCAGCUAUUCCAUUUUCUAUUUUGAUCUUCGUCUACGACGAAAUCCGACGUUACCUGAUUCGACGAAAUCCGGGCGGUUGGGUGGAAAUGGAGACCUACUAUUGAUCACGGUUCGUCUCCUAAUACAAGUGAAUUCUCAUUGGACAAUUACAAACACACACACACACACAUCAUCCGUUUUUUAUUCCUUCAUUUGAAGUCAAAAUAUCUAGAUGAGUAGCUUAACAGAGCAUCUUUCCAGAAUUUAUUAGUUUUGUGCUUUAAUCGAAGGGUAAGACACAUGUUACUGCCAAAGACAACCAAUGAAAGGUGUUCAGCAGAGAAUUCUGACUGGCAACACGCUGACUUUAACACAACGCAGUGUUCAAGCCUCUGAUGGUUGAAACACCAAUGAGAGACCUGAAUUACUAACAUGUUUAAGUUACUGCAUUACCAGCCAGAAUACCUACAAUAUAUUUCGUGCCUAACCAGUGUUCCCCUGUGAAAUAAUUGUGAUCUGUUAACCUUGAACUGCGAUUAAGAGGGGGAACACAUUGGUUCCGUUUUUCUAUGUGUGAAUCAAUAUAUUGCAAUAAAUGAGGAUCGACGCUUAUGUAAAAAAAAUAUAUAAAGAAGAAAUUAUUAUUAAAAAUCACAAAUACAAUUAUAUUUAACUAAAUUGCUUGAUAGAUAUUUCUGUAGAAAGAUAUAAAAAAAAAGUUGCUUUUGUUUGUGCUGUUUUUUCCCUUUCUUAUGAAUGUUGUCUUUUAUGUGAAUGUACAUUAAGUUUUAUAUUUGUUUUUAAUGUAUGUUUUAAGAAUUGUUUCAAUCAUUUGAUGGUGUAUUUCUGUCAUUGAUGCACAUUUUAAAAUUUUCUAAUAGAUAUUAAAGUCAUGUGUGGGCAAAACAAAUUAUACAAAACGUUCUGCAAAUUAAAGCUUUAAGGUUGAUUUUCCUCAUGUUUAAAGCAUUGGACGGAACUUCAUACUUUUUUUCUUUCAAGAUGUUGCUUUUAAAGCUUGCAUAACAAUCCAUUAAACAAUUUUACAACCAAAAAUAUGGCAGCAUAAUUUAAUGUUUGCAAAAAGCUGAAAGAAAUUGUAUUGUGUUGUAUUGAAAGAAGCCCAAAUUCGAUCAUUUUCAAAAUAACUUUUAGAUUUUAAUUUCAGAGACUACUUGUUUUUUUGCAGAGUGUUAGUAUAAAAAAAAGGUUAUUUUCUAAUGUAUUAUUUCUUGAUGAAAAUGUGAUAGUCGAUUCAGUUAUACUUUUAACAUGAAGGAACAGCCACCUUAAAUUCUUUUUUAUUAUCUCACUGUUAACAUAAAUAGUUUAAAGACAGCUUUUUAGACUCUUAAUCUAGUUUAGUUCUAAGGAAAUAGUUUUAAAGUCUCUUCUCUAUUUGAAACUAAUUAUAACCUAUUGGAAGGCUCGCGCACCUUUUAUUUUAAAAAACAUAAUUUAAGAUUAUUUUUAAAUGUGUGCUUCCUAAUGUGCCUUAAUUUUUAUAGAAAAUGGAGCUGCAUUUAUCAUUCACUUAAAAAAAAAAAGAAAAAAAGGAAGGAAUCUUUUUUUUUAUUUUGUUGCAUUUCUUUUUUGUUUUGUAUAGUUAGCAUUCCUGUUAUUAAUUGUACAAUUUUUGAGUAUUUGUUAAUUUUGUGUCUAGAUGAAGGAAAAAAAAAUCUCCUUUUUAUGUAUAGAGUAUGUCCUUACUUAACAAUUGUUCUAAAUUGAUACAUACAGUCUCUCUACUAUAAAUUUGUUGAAACUAACUAUAUUAAAAUAUUACACACAAUA